CAUCUUUACAGGGAACCAACUUUAGCACGACAGCUCUAGAAGGAGUUUCAGUGGAUUGUAACUAAGAAGCAACUUUUCUGGAGGAUUGUUUUCUGGUGGUGGGAGCCUGGAGAGGGGACCGUGAUGGCUGCAUUUUGUUCCCCAGUGUAGUCCUUUAAUCCUGCGUGGAAAACUUUGGAUUGAUCGUUUUGGUCUUUCGAUAUUUGGGUUUGUUUGUUUGUUUGUUUUAUAUACUUUUACACCUUGCUGGAAUACAAAUCGGGGGUUGUGAUUAUACCGUUUCUAUAAUUUGUCAUCUUUGUCUCUGUAUCUGGAGGAAGGAUGUACCUGGCUGGGAAGUUAUUGUGUGUCUUGCACCUGGUGCUUGUGGUUUGGACCCUGCUACCCAUGUCCGCCUGGGCUUUGGUUUGUUUGCCUUGCGAUGAGUCGAAAUGCGAGGAGCCUAAGAACUGCCCGGGGAGUACAGUGCUUGGAGUCUGCGGCUGCUGCUUCAUGUGUGCCCGGCAGAAGAAUGAGACCUGCGGGGGAGUCUAUGGGCUGCAUGGAGCGUGCGACAAGGGGCUUCGCUGUGUCAUCCGCCCCCCACUCAAUGGAGACUCCAUCACUGAGUAUGAAGUAGGGGUAUGUGAAGAUGAAAACUGGGAUGAUUACCAACUGCAUGGAUUUGAACCUUGCAAUGAAAAUUUUGUGACUGGUUGCAACAUCAUAAACGGGAAAUGUGAAUGUGACACCAUCAGAACCUGUAAUAGUCCCUUUGAGUUUCCAAGCCAAGAAUCAUGUCUAACUGCACUCAGAAGGAUUGAAGAAGAGAAACCGGAUUGUUCGGCAGCACGUUGUGAGGUGCAGUUCUCGCCUCGAUGUGCAGAAGACUCCAUCCUCAUUGAAGGCUAUGCUCCACCUGGAGAUUGUUGUCCACUACCAAGUCGGUGUGUAUGCAAUCCAGCAGGAUGCCUAAGGAAAGUUUGCCAACCUGGCUACCUAAACAUUCUUGUGUCCAAGGCAUCUGGCAAGCCAGGAGAAUGUUGUGACCAUUAUGAAUGCAAACCAGUUUAUAGUGUGGAUUGCAGCACGGUGGAGUGCCCUCCAGUUCAACAAGUCGUUUGUCCACCAGACAGUUACGAGACACAAGUCCGGCUCACAGCUGAUGGAUGCUGUACUCUUCCUACCAGAUGUGAGUGCCUAUCUGGUCUCUGCACUUUUCCUGUUUGCGAACCUGGAUCAAUCCCCAGGAUAGUUUCUAGAGGCAAUGGGACUUCAGGACAGUGCUGUGAUGUCUUUGAAUGUGUUAAUGAAACCAAACCUGCAUGUAUUUUUAACAACGUGGAGUACUUCGAUGGGGACAUGUUCCGUAUGGAUGCAUGCCGAUUUUGUCGAUGUCAAGGCGGUGUCUCCAUCUGUUUCUCUGCGCAGUGCGGAGAGCUGCACUGUGACCGCUACUAUGUGCCAGAAGGAGAAUGCUGUCCUGUUUGUGAAGAUCCUGUCUACCCAAUGCAUGACCCAGCCGGUUGUUAUGCCAAUGGACAGAUAAGAAGCCAUGGUGACCGAUGGAGAGAAGAUGACUGUACAUUCUGUCAGUGCAUUAAUGGAGAGCCUCACUGUGUUGCCACUGCAUGUGGUCAAAGUUGUCUUAAGCCAGUGAAAGUGCCUGGAGAAUGCUGCCCUGUGUGUGAAGAACCUACAUAUAUUACCAUGGCUCCCCCAACAUGUGACUUAUUGUCCAACUGCACACUGAGUGAAAAGGAUUGCACAUUUGGAUUCCGAUUAGACCAGAAUGGCUGCCGUAUUUGUCAGUGCAAAACACGAGAAGAGUUGUGUACUGGACUUAUAACAGGAUGCACCUUGGACUGCCCUUUUGGAUUCCAGACUCAACAACACAACUGUGAAAUCUGCUUGUGCCGACCGAGACCCAAGAAAUGCAAACCUGUAGUCUGUGACAAAUACUGUCCAUUCGGCUACCUGAAGAACAAACAUGGCUGUGAUAUCUGUCGCUGUAAGAAAUGCACCGACUCCCCAUGUGGAAAGAUAUGCCCUAUGGGUUUUGAGCAAGACAAUCAUGGAUGCCUUAUUUGCAAAUGCAGAGAAUCACCAGCAUCUGCUCUGCCUCCAGCCAAAACAGGCACUUGCUUGUCAAUGGAUGGUCGACGACAUGAAAAUGAAGAAAGCUGGCACGAUGGUUGUCGAGAGUGUUAUUGUCACAAUGGACGGGAAAUGUGUGCUUUGAUCACAUGCCCUGUACCUAGCUGUGCCAGCCCCACUAUACAUCCAGGGCAGUGCUGUCCAUCAUGUCCAGAUGACUCCAGUGGAAAAAAGCCAGAGUUCACAGACCCAUCCAUUUGCCAUGCUCCUGGCGGGGAGUAUUUUAUUGAAGGAGAGACUUGGAAUAUUGACACCUGUACCCAGUGCACUUGCCAUAGUGCACGAGUACUUUGUGAAACAGAGGUCUGCCCACCCCUUCUCUGUCAGAACCCAACACGUACUCAUGACUCAUGUUGCCCUCAAUGUCCAGAUGAAUCUCUUCAGCCUUCUGUGCCGGGCAAUGAAAGUAUGCCGAGCUACUGCAAAAAUGAUGAGGGAGACAUUUUUCUGGCAGCUGAGUCGUGGAAACCUAAUGUUUGCACUAGCUGUGUCUGCAUGGAUGGGAUGAUCAGCUGUUACUCUGAAUCUUGCCCACCAGUAACUUGCGAGAGACCGGUUUUAAGGAAAGGCCAAUGCUGUCCGUACUGCAUCGAAGAUACAAUACCAAAGAAAGUUGUUUGCCAUUUCAAUGGCAAAACAUAUGCAGACGAGGAGCGAUGGGAUAUCGACAGCUGCACACAUUGUUACUGUUUGCAAGGCCAAACUCUCUGCUCCACUGUCAGCUGUCCUCCACUGCCCUGUGUGGAGCCCAUGAACGUUGAAGGGAGCUGCUGCCCCAUGUGUCCAGAGAUGUAUAUACCAGAGCCUACUAACAUCCCUAUUGAGAAGACAAACCACAGAGGAAAAAAUGAGCUAGACACACCACAUUGGCCUACACCUAGUGAGAAUGAUAUAAUUCACCAUCACAGAGACAUGGGUCACCUUAAAGUGAACUACAGAGAAGGGGACAGACCACGACCAAGCGAUGAUGACUCUCUUCAUUCAAUUGCAUGGGUUGCCAUUCCUAUAAUGGCAGCUCUGGUCAUCAUUCUAGUCCUCGUUCUUAUCAAUCAGAAAAAGCAGUGGAUACCAGUCCCCUGCUACAAGACUCCAACCAAGCCAACGUGCCUGAACAACCACCUGGUCUAUGUGGACUGUAAGAAAGGAACUAUGGUUCAAGUAGACAGCUCCCAACGGAUGCUAAGAAUGGCUGACCCAGACUCAAGAUACAGUGGUUUCUACAGUAUGCAAAAACAGAACAACCUUCAGGCAGAUAAUUUCUAUCAAACUGUGUGAGGAGAACUCCAGGCAUCUUCUUCAAGGAUUUCGCUUUAAACAAAAAAUAAAAUUGACAAGAGAGGAUGCAACAGAGACUAAAUCCUGAUAUAUAUACAUAUAUCUAUCUAUAUAUCUAUCUAUAUAUAUCUCGAUAUAUAUAUAGAUAUAUAUAUAGUGUGUAUGUACAUAUAUACACACACAUAUGCAUAUACAUAUAUAUAUAUAUGAAAACUAGAACCGUGCACUUGCUUAUUGGAUUGUAUUGGAUGUGUGACAUGUACAGCCGAGACCUUAUCGAAACGGACUAUGUCUCACGCAAUGUGCCAAAACAAACAUUCCCACUUUCCCUUUGUAACAACUGACCAAGUGUUUUCUUAGAACCAAAGUUUGGAGAACUGGCUCAUGCAUAUCUGCUUGUAACAUAGCUGUAGAAAUGUAUUUCCUUUUUUUUCUGGUUGGUGAGGGAGGGUGUUUGGAAACUGACAAAGGAGAGGACAUGAGAGCAUAAAGGAGUAAACUCAGAAGGCAAGCAGAGAGGUUCAGGGGGCGUAAAAGUUAUCACUGUGGCUUAUCCAAGCAAAAUCCACAGGUGAAAAUAUAAAUACCUCCUAAUCAAAGACAUUGGUUUCUCCUGCAUCUCAAAUCCAGAUUAUAUUAAAAAAAAAAAAGAAAAAAAGAAAAAGAAAAAAAAAGCAUAAUAAAAGAAAAACACUCUAAAAGAAAGUGAAAAAAAGAAGAAACUGUUUGAUCAGUCAACUGUUGUAACAGAUUAUCAACUAGCAACCAAUCUAUAACACAAAUCACAGCAAUGUUUAAGCUGCAAUCCUUUCAUUUCCACAUCAGGCUCUCUAAAUGUACAAUGCAAACGAUACCGUUAACAGCAACAGACGAUAGUUAUGGCAGAAGCAACGGUUAAGGUUUUGAAAAUAAUAUACAAUGUGCUGCUUUUUCUGUUCAAUAUUUUUUAUUAUUAAUAUUAUUUCUUUCAGCUGAUUGGCCAGUCCUUGUUGGAUUGAGGCAAAAAAUAGAGAGGGCUUAGUAGGUUUUUCAUAUAUAAAAAUAUAUAUCUAUAUCUGAGCACUGGAUUUUAAUUUUGUUUCCUUAGAGCAGUAUUUAAAUUAGAAAAUGUUAAGAUCAUCACCAAGCUGUUCAAAAGGCAUUUCUAACGGGGUGUUGAGUAUUCUUUUUUAAA